UUCAGCAACCUACAAAUUACCAUUAAACUGAAUAUUCAAACAUAACAAAAAAUAAGUUCCGGUUAUGUUCAAAAUAUUGCAUUUGAUAAACAAGGUAGUGUAGAACUUGUUCUUUGACCUCAAAAGUGAAGCUGUAGUUUUGUACUUGUCAUUUGGACUAAAAGAAGCAGGAUCAUAGAACAGAUACCUUUGACCCAAAAUCUAACUUCUGUAUAUCUUUCUCUUUUGUUUGUUAUUACAAAACCAACCGAAUUACUUUACAAACAGAAGAGGAGAUAUCUAUAUAUACUAACUAAAAUCUGUCCCAAAACAUCAAAUACUGAGAAGAACAACAAAGAGAAACAUAGAGUUUCAUAGACAAAAUGAAGAGAUUUUGCCCCAAAGUUUCUUUUAUUUUCUUGGCUAUUACUCUUAUUUUUACAAGUUUUGUGUAUUCCGAAGCUCAGAACUGCCGACCAAGCGGUAGAAUUAGAGGAAAGAAAGCUCCUCCAGGAAAAUGCAAUCAAGAGAAUGAUUCUGAUUGUUGCGUACAAGGAAAAAUGUACACAACUUAUGUAUGUUCACCAUCAGUGUCCACUCACACCAAAGCAUAUCUCACUCUUAAUAGUUUUCAAAAGGGUGGAGAUGGAGGUGGUCCUUCAGAAUGUGACAAGCAGUAUCAUUCUGAUGACACUCCUGUUGUUGCACUUUCCACCGGAUGGUUCAACCAUAAAAGCAGGUGUCUAAACAACAUUACAAUCAGUGCUAAUGGAAGAAAUGUCGUGGCCAUGGUUGUUGACGAGUGCGAUUCUAGAAAGGGAUGUGAUGAACAGCAUGACUACCAACCACCGUGUCCAAACAACAUUGUUGAUGCUUCCAAAGCUGUGUGGAAAGCUUUAGGUGUGCCUAAAGAACAAUGGGGUGGUCUUGAUAUUACAUGGUCAGAUGCUUGAUAUUAUAUAUAGGUUAAAAUUCAUGUUUGUGUCUCUAUGGUUUAAUUUAGUGAUCAUAUUCUGUACUUUUAUUUUAUCAUAUGUCUAUGUAUCAUAUAUACUUGUUGUUACCA